GAAGAAAUCUGAAGUAAGGAGGCGGUCCAAACCCAAACUUCGUAGCUUUGUUGUCUAAAGACGUACCAUCACCAGCGGGAUGAUUUUAUAUAACGAGACGCAGAUGAAGAUGCACGCUGGAAGGUGGAUUUUUCUUUUCGCCCUGUGGGUCGUCUGUGUGUCUUCAAAUGAUGAAGAAUCAUGUGAAGAUUUAGGAGAAUUUUGCAGCAUGAGCAGACUGAGCAUUUCACUUGGCUCAUCUGUGUUCCUACCGUGCACUGCUCGGCCAGCCAGUUCCAACUGGGUGACAUGGAGCCACAUUCCCAAAGGGGAGGUGGUCAACCUGUCACCUUUAGGACAUGUUAAGUACCAGGACCCCAGAAAUGGCAGAGUUAAAACCUUUCCAUUUCAGGGCUUGGAGGGAAACUACUCCAUCAGAAUUGAUGAUCUUGAGUUAACAGACCUUGGAUGUUACUCCUGUAUACAGAAUAACAUCCAUCACCACUGUUUUCAAGUGGUGAUGGUUGAAGUAGGUACAAGGAGGGACAUGCAGAUGAUUUACAUCUGUGUUAGUGUGGUUGCUCUCCUUCUGCUGUGUGUUGGCGGCUACACCUGCAAGAAAUGCAUAGGUGAGAACCUGACAUGUCUGAAAUUCUCAUUCAGUAGAGAUGGUCACGAGAAGAGUAAAAGCCCAAGAGAAGCCCCGACUUGA